AUGUCUUCGCCCUUCUCUGUCACAUCCUCCCCAGGCGGGAACAACAACGCCGUCCCCCCACGCUUUGCCGUUCCUUACAGCUACAACAUGGCUCCCGUUCACCACCAGCAGCGACAGCGCUUUUAUCACCACACAUCGAUGCUACCACCUGGGAAAAAUGACCUCGAGGCCCUCGAAAGCCUCAAGACUAUGAUCAAAGACGGUCAACAUGAAUUCUACCGGGCCUACCCCCAGCCAGCUGCCCUCGCUUCCCUCUACUUGGGACCUCCCACCGGACUCUCCCAGGCGCCUCCCCAUCCUGAACAAAUGCCUGGGGAAUAUCGAACACCACACCUCAGCCGGCCUGGUCAUGACGAUUCAUUCGAUAACAAUAAUCUAAGCAGCGAUGUCCCCAGCAAAACCUCAGCGGAAACGCACUCAGAGUGCUUGAAUGAUAAUGUACAUCCUCGACACUGUCGUCUUCCCAGUCUGGCCAAGCCUGACACUGACAAUUUUCAGAACAUCGAAACCCCGAGCCUUAUCUCGGCCGGACCAAAACAACACGAGGCAACGAGUGUAUCAGGCAAUGGCGACUCCAGCAGUACGGUAGACAUCAAGCCCACAGCCGCUCAGUCAGAGGAAGAUGGUCCUCAUGACGUUGGUGACGCCUCCGGUGGUCCCGCAAACAGUACCGACGACGGCAAGAACGAUGGCCUCCCAUCCGUCAUCGAGCGUGAGGGUGAGUAUAGUGCGGAACGCCCACGUGAUACCUCACCCAGCAAGAGUGCGUGUGACACCAACGACGACUCCAAGUUACCUAGGGAAAAUUCUUGGUCUCGUCCCGACGCUUCCCCAGAUGACAGAAGAACUCGACAGGAUGAUCGCCAGGCCUAUCCUCCAACUCGUUCCGCUUUCGAACCCAGGGGAAGCGGCAACGAUUCCCGCAUUCCUUCAGGGAAUAAGGUGCCUUUUGACAGAGACAGGGAUAGAGAACACGACCAUGACAGAGGCAGAGACUGGGAGCGGGAUCGCGAGAGGCCAAGGGACAGACGCCCUGACUUCCAUUUCCGCUCUUAUGGACGAAGUCACGCCCCGAGACCUCCACCAGAAUUGCGCCAUUAUGAACCUAAUUACUCCUCUGAUUACCUCCCUCGCCGUUAUGACUCAAGGGAUAUGGACUUAGACAGACGUGGAGGUCAUCGAAACGGGUCUUAUGACGACCGCAAGCCUCCCCUAGACGAUAGGCGGUUUUCAACCGACGAACGUCCAUCCCGCGCCUUCCUUCCAUGCUCUCCCGAUCACCGCAACCGGGGACGUUCUCUGGAUGAUCGCCCGAUCACGCCGCCUGACGACACUGUCCCUGCCCCCCGCCCUGGACUUGAUGACCGUUCUCGUUUACCUACCGAUGAAGAUCGAGGAUCCCGUGUUCCGCCCCCACCUGAACAGCGCCCCACGCGACCGCCUGUGCCAUUAGAAGAAAGAAUAUCUCAAUCCGUACCUUCUCUGCAAGACCGUCUGAGUCAACCUGUUCUCGCACGAGUUGAUAAUCUCACUGGUCGUCAACCUAGUCUGGAAGAACGUCUCUCACUUGCUCCUCUGCCUACUGCCACUGCUUCCUCUGUGACGGCUCCCGCAACUGUUGCCACUGAGCGCUCUCUCUCUGACGAUCGUGGUGGCCGUUCUGGAACCAUAGACACUUCACGUACAACAAUGUUGAAUGAUCGUCCUACCGACACCCGCUCUGCAGCAAACGGGAUGUUUUCAAGGCCAGCAACGCCGCCUGUGUCUCGCACAACUUCCUAUGUGCCACCCGCACGUGCGACUUCUGUCGCUCGUGACGACCACCGUAUGCUACCACCUACCUCGAAAGACUCCAUUCCACCAGUUGAUCGUAGUAAUGUUCGUGACUUCCGUGCAAGCAGAGAUCUCUCACGCGAGAGGCCUGCUCCGCCGUAUCGAUCCGACGUGGAGCGAAGCUUCGGUGACAAUAGAGACCGGACAAUCAUAGACGUUGAUGCCCCGAUCCGGUUCCCCGACACACGAGGACCCCCACUUAGGCGUCUCACUCCGCCGCCGCGGCCUAGUGAUCGCGCUCGGGCUUACUAUCCACCACGCUCGCCAUCGCGAGACACGUUCGAUGCUGGCGAGAGAAGGUAUGCUCCCGCUGAUCGUGACGCGUUUGACAGGAGGCGAGAUUGGUAUGCUCCGCCUUCCACUGGUGCUGGUACCGACGACGAGAAGCGUCCCAUGUGGAGGUAUGAUAGGGCGCCAGCUGAUCGAGAUCAUAGGGAUAGGAUUGACCACUGGGAUGAACGCGAAGAUGAAAGAGAAAGAGAGAAAGAAUGGGAACGACGACGGCGGGAACGAGAAAGAGAAAGGGAUAGAGGAUUCCCUUCACCUCCACAACCUCGCUCGCUCAGUUCACGCCUGACAGACCCGUAUCCUCCUGCGGGAGUAGAUCACCGCACGUACCCGCCCCACUGCUUCCGCAAGGGAUUACGAGAGGUUCCGGUACAUGAGUGGCGAUACUUCACCAUCCUUUGUCGCGCGUGCGAGCUCGGAGCCCAAGUCCACCCCGUCGUGCUGGGUGGUGUUGGUGGCGCCGGUGGUGAGGCUGGGGUGCCGUACGCCAGUAGCACUACCUAUCCAUCAAGUCGAAGACCAUCAGGUACGGGCGAGUAUGGGGCAAGGUCCGCUGUCGACACACCCCCACCAAGCAGCAGCGCGACCGGCAUUUUCUAUGAUUCGCGGGGUCCCCCUCCGUUCAGUAGCAGUAGCGUGACAGGAGACAGAGAAUAUGGAAACGGCAGUGUGUAUGGGUCCACGUAUGAGAGGGAGGUCAGGCGCACCCCGCCACCAUCUUCUAGAAUACCACCCCCGCACGAAGUCACAACAACGAUCACAACCAUCGCGGACGUGGAGGAAGAGGUAGAGGAAGGGGGGCUUAUCGUAGCUCCAACGCCCGAGGGCGAGCUCAUGAAAACUACCCGCAUGCAAGCUACGAGUUAG